AUGGCAACUGAGAAUCCUAUUAGGAUGUCCGGGAGCAAUGAAAGAUGGUCUAGUUCUAGGCCAGCCUCUGUUCCUAACCGGAGUGGAAGUGCGCCACCGAGCAUGGAAGGGUCUUUCUUAGCCGUUGAUAAUCUAUUGUCACGACAGGGCAGCGGCAGUUGUCAAGAGCCUGUGACUGCUCAUCCUACUUUUUAUUCGUCUAAACACAGCCUCAACCGCAUACCUUCUCCACCGGUUUAUUACCCUGCUGAGUAUCAGCUGAUAGACAAUCGUGUAGGUAGAUUUAGAAGUAACCGGGGAUUGAACAAAGCUAAUUCUCCCAUUCAUUUGUCCCAAGCUACACUUCCUACUCAUAAGGAAGUGUCUGAGGAUGAAAUCUCUCAGCAGCAACCUGUUGAUAGUGUUACAGAUAGGACAACUGGUUUGGCAGAUUUCAGGCAGGAUGAUAGUUCUUCUGGGCAGACCCCUCAACAUAGUCGGUCCAACUCUUCAAAUGGUGAGAUGAACACAGCGGAUGAGAGUGGUAACUUCUCGGAGAUAUCAGAUGAUGUCAUGGCUAAUGAUAAUGCUGCUUCAGUGAUUAAGGCUUCCAUUGGCAUUGAGACAAGUCCAGAUGAGUCGACUCUCAUCACCAAAAUGAAGAAUACUAACAUAUCCGGGUCUGGAACGGUUAUAUACCCUCGAGAACCAAGGUAUGCAAGGCCAGAAAGGCAGCUGCAUCAUCAGCAGCAAAACAAUGUAACCUGGGUGGUUCAAGGUGGCGGCAAAAUGGCUUCUAACAAUGCAGUUACCGGAGCCGGACAGUUUCAGUAUGGUCAGCCUGUGCUUCAGUCUUCAGGCUUUACGCCUCCUCAGGUUUACGCUGCUAACCAAACGGCUUAUGUGACUUCACCAGCUCAUGUCUAUAACAUGCAGUCUCCUCCUGUUUACUCUCCUCAAUAUGGUUAUGGACCGUACACUAACAUGAUCCCACAGUUUAUGCCUGGAUUCCACCACCCUUCUCAUGGUUCCGCUCCGGUUAUUGUCGGUCCAAAUUUCACUCCUCAGUUACCAGGGCCAAGUGCUGGAAGUGUAGUCCACGGAGGUGAAAUGCAGUAUGCAGAGAAGAUCUAUGUUCAACCGGGUCAGCCUUCUUUCCCAGAUCCUAGGUUUAUGAUGCAGUACAGUCAACAGCCAUUCGGGCAGAUGGAUCCGACGGCUCCUAGAGGGAACCAUAAGGGUCCCCCUGAGUCUCAGAAAGAUGAGCCAAAGUUCAUUCGGCAGAUAAGGGGGCCGAGUAAUCCUAAUGUUGGUAGAAUGGGAAUGAUGGGUCCUAAUUAUUAUGGAAUGCAGCCAAAUAUGGGCGUUAUGGUGCAGUUUCUGCCUGCACAGCUUGGCGCUCCUGUUUCACCAAGCGCUGUUCCUUAUGUAGAGGGAUAUCCUCCUGGAUGGCAGCCACAGGGAAGCUUGGAAGGUGCUAAUGGACCACGUUUGUGCAAUUUUCUUGAAGAGCUGAAAUCUGGGAAAGGCAGGAGGUUUGAUUUAUCUGACAUCACAGGACACAUUGUUGAAUUCAGUGCGGAUCAACAUGGGAGCAGAUUCAUUCAGCAAAAGCUUGAGCACUGUAAUCCAGAAGAGAAAGCUGCCGUCUUUAGGGAGGUUCUUCCUCAUGCUUGCAAACUAAUGACAGAUGUGUUUGGCAAUUAUGUCAUUCAGAAGUUUUUCGAGUAUGGAACCCCAACACAGAGAAAGGAACUUGCGGAUCAGCUCAUGGGACAGAUAGUACCACUUAGUCUCCAGAUGUAUGGUUGUCGUGUGAUACAAAAGGCUAUUGAUGUCGUAGAACCUGAUCAGAGAGUUCGUUUAGCUCGUGAACUUGACGGGCAGGUCAUGAGAUGUGUUCGAGACCAAAACGGAAACCAUGUGAUCCAGAAAUGCAUUGAGAGUAUCCCCGCAGACAGAGUUGAGUUCAUGUUAUCUGCAUUCCGUGGUCAAGUUUCCUCGCUCUCUAUGCAUCCUUAUGGUUGCCGUGUCAUUCAGAGGCUUUUGGAGCGUUGCUCAAGUGUGCAUCAGUGUCAAUUCAUCACCGAGGAGAUACUGGAUUCAGUAUGCGUCCUUUCCAAGGACCAAUAUGGCAAUUAUGUCACACAGCAUGUCUUGGAGAAAGGGACAUCCGAAGAAAGAGAGAGAAUCGUGAGGAAACUAUCAGGGCACAUCGUGCAGCUUAGUCUACACAAAUUUGCAUCAAAUGUUAUAGAGAAGUGUCUGGAGUAUGGUGGUCGGAUUGAGCGGGACCUCAUCAUCAAAGAGAUUGCAGGGCCUGACGAGAGCUAUGAUAGUCUAUUGAUGUUGAUGAAGGACCAGUAUGGAAACUAUGUGGUGCAGAAGAUAUUCGAGACGUGUACUGUUGAUCAGCGUGCGACAUUGUUUAACCGAGUGAGAAUGCACGCUUCUGCUCUGAAGAAAUACACAUAUGGGAAACAUAUUGUGACUCGUUUGGAACGGCCUUUUGGUGAAGAAAGCCAAGAAUCCAGGCGAUGA